UCCAGCGAUAUUUUCUUCAGUUGUUUUCCACGGGUGCCUCGAGACAUGGAGUGACCUGACUUCGAGUUUUUCAAGAUACGCUGACUCAAAUUAAUGCAGAACGGGAAACGCCAGAGCCAGGCAGGAAUUCAAACAAGCAAAAUUGUCCAAAUAACAAAUACAAUAAGGCAAGUCUCUAUAAUUUUGAAUUUAUAGUGAUGUUUUAUAGAGAGGGAGAGAGAGAGAGAGAAAUUAGCAUUAAUGUUAUCAUCUAAUUGUACUUUAUUGGUGCUGUAACUAAGCAGAGAACUUGAACCAAAUCCCAAUUGUAUGCAAUGCAGCCAAUUUGUACAACGUGUCUUUUAAAAGGUUUGUUUUAUUUUAUUUAGCACGUUUCUUUGAUGGUGACGUUAUUAUAAUGGCUCCACUUUGGCGACGAGCCGCAGUAAGGGAAAAAAAACGGACUAACUAAAACGUGAGGCUGGCUCCCUGUGCUAAAUGGAGAUGGUAUCAUCAAAUGGAGAUGGUAUCGGUGCUCAUUGAAAGGCAGAUUGGGCCCGAUUGAAAAAGAGGAGGUGUGACCGACCCCCUUUCAGAAAAAAAAAAUCUCCCCGGGAGCUCCACCUGGCCCCUUGCCCAUAAAUACGCCCCCCUCGCCGGGAUGGGAGUUCACUUGAGUCGGGUGCGCUUCGAAGGUCGUGUGGUGCCGGUGGUUGUUUGGUGUGGGAUAAUGAACGCCUUUGGACCGCAGCAAGCCUCCAGCCAGCAGAGCAACAGCGGCCACCCCGCGCACGACCUCCUGGACAUGGCCGUGUACUGUGACAACUACGGCGUCUACCAGCACCAAAACCUCCACCAUCUCCAUCACCCCCAGAGACCCCCCAACCAUCCCACCGGCUACGGUUUGAGCGACUACGCCGCCCCGCCCACCAACCCCUACCUGUGGCUCAACAACUCCCCGGCCUCGACCUAAGCAACCACCGGCUGCGGCGGAGGAGGAGGAGGAGGAGGAGGCGGCGGCGGGGGCUCCACAUUUUUGCAGUCGGCUGGCUACGGCUCCGGCGGCCAGCGGCAGCUCCUGGCGGCGCCAGGCGCCGACCUGGGCUGGUUGUCCAUCUCCAGCCAGCAGGAGCUCUUCAAGAUGGUCCGGCCUCCGUACUCGUACUCGGCCUUGAUCGCCAUGGCCAUCCAAAACGCGCAGGACAAGAAGCUGACCCUGAGUCAGAUCUACCAGUACGUCGCCGAAAACUUUCCGUUUUACAAGAAGAGCAAAGCCGGCUGGCAGAACUCCAUCCGGCACAAUUUGUCGCUCAACGACUGCUUCAAGAAAGUGGCCCGGGAUGAGGACGACCCCGGCAAGGGCAACUAUUGGACGCUGGACCCCAACUGCGAAAAAAUGUUCGACAACGGCAACUUUCGGCGCAAACGGAAGAGGCGAUCCGAAAUCAGCACCCCGGUCGACAAGCCGGACUCGCUCGCCCGGCACAAGCUCUCGGACACGUCCAGCUUGCUGAGCUCGUCCCCGCCCAGCCUGCGCGGUUCGCCGGCCUCCACGGAGCCGCGUUCAUCGCCGCCCAACUCGGCCGAUCACAGUCCGUGCUUUGCCGGCUUCGUGUCUGGCGUCAACACGCUGCUGACGACCGGAGCAGAGGCCUCCUCUCGGGCCCCGGAACGGGACUUUGGCACGGAGUUGUCCCAAGGUCGCGAGGGCACGUCCGGACUGGGCUCCUACUCGCCCUCCUUAAUCUCUGACAGCAGAAUGAACUACUACAACCUCAGUAAUCAUUUCACUGUCAACAACCUCAUGUACAGCCGGGAAGGGACGGAGGUUUAACGCGGACCCAUCUGAACACGGGACUUUAAUUGUAUAUAUUGCGUGUAGGAAAAAGAAAACAAAAAGUCCACAAUGGUGUUGAAAAAUCACACCUUUCAAGUCAGACACUUGUCCUAUUGAAGGAGAAAAAUGUACACACAUUAUUUUUUAUAAGA